CAGUUUCUAUUUAAUAUCUCACACUGCAAACCAGUCGAACAGUCUGAAGCUCUGUUCAACACCCCUACUCACAUUACUCCGUGCUUUUAGCAUCAACAGCAUCAUGACAGAAAAUUAUCAUACCAGCGACACCAACAACACCCAUGACUUUAAUUAUGAAUUUGACUACUACGAAAGCAUAAACCACAAUAUGGAUUCCCCAACUUGCACACAUCCAGCUUGUGUAUUCUUGGUAACAGUUGAUGUGAUCAUCUUCAUCCUGGGUUUUGCUGGAAAUGCUGUGGUGAUCUGGAUCGCUGGGUUUAAGAUGAAGAAGUCGGUCACCAGAACCUGGUACCUGAGUCUGGCUGUGUCCAACUUCCUGUUCUGCUGCACCCUGCCCUUCACUGUUGUCUACAGAAUCAGAGAAGACUGGAUCUUUGGACUCUUCAUGUGCAAGUUCAUUCCAUUCAUAGUGUCGCUCAACAUGUUCAGCAGCAUCUUCCUCCUCGUCAUCAUCAGUGUGGACCAGUGUGUGCUUGUGAUGUUUCCAGUGUGGGCACAGAACCAGCGCAGCAUCAGAAAGGCCUCUGUGAUCGUCACGCUGGUCUGGAUCAUCUCAGCAGUGCUCAGCACACCAUCACUCAUCUUCCAAGAGGUCCACCGUAUCCAUGGACAGACACAGUUCUGUUUCAAUAGUUACAUGUCUCAUGAAAACUUAACUGCUGUAGUGGUGUGUCGGUUUGUGUUUGGAUUUCUGAUCCCAUUCCUGAUCAUCAUCAUCUGUUACAUCAUGAAGAUCAACCAAUCUGUGAGGUUUAAAAAGCCCUUCAAGAUCAUGACGGCGCUGACUGUUACUUACUUCAUCUGCUGGCUGCCGUUUCACACUUAUGGUUUCAUCGAAGUAAACUUUAUGAAUUAUGAAAUCAAUACUGUUCUAGUUGCACACGUACUUGGCAUCUCUCUUGCCAGUGCUUACAGCUGUCUAAACCCGUUUAUUUAUGCGAUCAUGGGGAGGGAUGUUGAAAUAAAGUGGUACAGGUUUCUGUCCAAGAUUGAAAAUGCACUUGUGGGAGAGAACGAGGACCAGAACACACAGCAAUGGCUGCCUUUAAAGGAGGAAAACAUUUGAGGUUUUGUUAAAAGUUCCUAUAAAUUCUGUAUUCAUAAUGCAUUUUAAAGAAAUAAAAUUACAGCAGCAGCCAGAAGGAUUUAAUAAAAACAAAAAAUAAAUAAAUAAAGAUAAAAAGGGGCUAUGUAGUAUUGAACCUGUAUGUGCAUGCAGAAUCCAAUACUGUACAAUAAAAAUUUCCCAAUUAACAAGAA